CGAACUCCACUCGAUCCUCACUCUCACACACACACAUACACAUACACACUCAUUCUCCUUCUUCUUCAUUCAUCAUGCUCGACGACUUCCACAAGGGCCUCGAACCCGCAGCUGUUGCCCAGGACGGCUCAAGCCUCCGCAUCCUCAUCGUCCACACUCGCUGGAACUCGGCCAUCGUCCAGGGACUGGUCGAGGGUGCAAAGAAGGCGAUGGUUGAGCAGCACAAAGUCAAGCCCGAGAACAUCGUUAUCGAGUCCGUACCCGGCGCCUACGAGCUGCCCUUUGCGGCCAAGAAGCUCAUCGAGGUCUCACAGAUCCGUGCCGCCGAAGGAGCCAAUGACCUGAUGGGCAAUGUCAACCUCCUGGACGGCCUCAACCUCUCCUCACCCACGACCUCAGCCAGACCCGCCUCCAUCGGUGCCAGUACCACUAGUGCUACUGCUACAGGAAGCAAGCAGGCAUUCGAUGCCGUGAUCUGUAUCGGAGUGUUGAUCAAGGGCUCGACCAUGCAUUUCGAGUACAUCUGCGAGGCUGUCACGCAGGGAAUCAUGCGCGUUGGCCUGGACUCGGGUCUGCCAGUGAUCUUUGGAGUCUUGACCUGCUUGAACGAGGAUCAGGCAUUGAGCCGUGCCGGCAUGGACAAGGAGGGCAAGGGACACAAUCAUGGAUUGGACUGGGGCUCUGGCGCAGUGGAGAUGGCACUGUUGAAGAACCGUACGCUAUAAAGGAUACGCUCGGUCAGGACAGUUUUUCGCGUUGCAGAUCCAUUUAUUUAGCUCGACGACAUCUUUUUUUUUUUUCUUUUUUUUCUUUUCUUU